AUUCCAUAUUGUGCAUCCAAAGAUUACAAGUGAGUCAAGGAAAACCCAUAUUUCUGAUCUCUUAUAUAACCCAGAGAGGAGAUGGGUUUUUCUCUUUACACAUCAUUAGCUUCCAUUACAACUCUAUUCUUCACACUCAGCUUUAUAUGCCUUCUUCCUGAGCUUGCAAAUGCAAAGCACAAAGGGAUAACAAGGCACUACAAGUUUAAUAUAAAGACACAAAAUGUAACAAGACUGUGCCACACCAAGAGCAUAGUGACUGUGAAUGGAAAAUUUCCUGGGCCUAAGAUAAUAGCAAGGGAAGGAGACCGAUUGGUUAUCAAGGUGGUUAACCAUGUCAGCUACAAUGUCACCUUACAUUGGCAUGGUGUGAGGCAGCUGAGGAGUGGAUGGGCAGAUGGGCCAGCCUAUGUGACUCAAUGCCCUAUACAGAAAGGGCAGAGCUAUGUCUACAAUUUCACCAUUAUAGGCCAAAGAGGAACUCUGUUCUGGCAUGCCCACAUCUCAUGGCUCAGGGCAACUCUGUAUGGACCUAUUGUCAUCCUCCCAAAGAGAAAUGUUCCUUACCCAUUCACAAAACCAUACAAGGAAGUCCCUCUUAUCUUUGGAGAGUGGUGGAAUGCAGAUACUGAAAAAAUUAUCAAACAAGCUAUGCGAAUAGGUCUAGCUCCUAAUAUAUCUGAUGCCUACACCAUCAAUGGUCUCCCUGGACCCCUUUACAAUUGCUCCACCAAAGAUACAUUCAAGUUGAAGGUGAAACCUGGGAAGACAUAUCUCUUACGUUUGAUCAAUGCAGGAUUAAAUAAUGAGCUCUUCUUCAGCAUUGCCAAUCAUAGCCUUACUGUUGUUGAAGCAGAUGCCAUAUACGUGAAGCCUUUCAAGACAGACACUAUCCUUAUUACCCCAGGCCAGACUACUAAUGUCCUCCUCAAGACCAAACACCAUUACUUACCCACUGCAACUUUCCUCAUGGCUGCUAGGCCUUACGCCACUAUCCCGCCCUUCGACAAUUCGACCACCGCCGGUAUUCUCGAGUAUGAACUGCCCUUUAAUUCCUCAAGCAGCAACAAGAAAAACAAGAAGAAACUUGUUCUCUUCAAACCAACUCUUCCAGUCUUUAAUGACACUACCUAUAGUGAAAACUUUGCCAAGAAACACAGAAGCUUAGCCACUACCCAAUUCCCUGCAAAAGUUCCACAGAAAGUUGAUAAACACUUCUUCUUCACUGUAGGAUUGGGCCUCAGCCCAUGUUCUAAGAACAGUUCAUGCCAAGGACCUAAUAACACUAGAGUGGUAGCUGCCAUCAACAAUGUCACCUUUGUACAACCAACCACAGCCCUCCUCCAGGCCCAUUUCUUUAGGCAAUCUAGUGGAGUCUUCACCACAGACUUCCCCACCAACCCACCUUUCCUCUUCAACUAUACAGGGACACCACCUAACAACAUCAUGGUGAGGCGUGGGACUAAAUUGGUAUCUUUGCCAUUCAACACAACUGUGGAGCUAGUUCUGCAGGACACUAGCAUCAUUGCUGCUGAGAGCCACCCUCUUCACCUCCAUGGCUUCAAUUUCUUUGUGGUUGGUCAAGGAUUUGGAAACUUUGAUCCCAAGAACGACCCUGCAAAAUUUAAUCUUGUUGACCCAAUGGAGAGGAACACUGUUGGUGUGCCAUCUGGUGGCUGGGUUGCCAUUCGCUUUCUCGCAGACAACCCAGGUGUAUGGUUUAUGCACUGCCACUUGGAAGUCCACACCAGUUGGGGUCUGAAGAUGGCAUGGAUAGUCAUGGAUGGAAAGCUACCCAAACAAAAGUUGUUGCCACCACCGUCUGAUCUCCCCAAGUGCUAACCUUUGACCAUAGUUUAGUCCCAUAUUCCCAUUUGUACUUUUGAUUUUUUUUUUUUAAUUCUUUUUGGGUUUUUUUCAUUUUUAUCUUUUCAAUUCUUUUGUGGAAAGGAAAAGAGAAUAGGCACUCCAAGAAAGGGAGAAAGGAAAAGGAGAAAUAGUCCUUCCAAUCGGCAUUUUGUAAUUUUUUUUUUUUCUGUUUCUUGCAAUCCCUCCCCUCUACUUGGAUUAUAAACAUAAUUGAGCGGAUUUUUGAUGAAGAGGCUGUUCAAUAA